CUCAAGCGGUGCUCGCUACCCAUUGGGGAACUCAAGCGGUGCUCGCGAGCUGUUGAGGUCAGAGUCACGUGAUGAGGGGGAAGACAUUUUUUCGAAACAUCGUUAUCUUUCCCCAGAGGCGUUUCUUUUUCUUUUUUCCUUCUUCAAAUAUCAGGCGCUGGUCGCGUCCUUAUAGAGCAGCAGAGUCCAUUCACAAACAUAAAGAGAUUCGCCCCUGGAGCUCAAGUAUUCCACCGUCGAUCACAUCUUGAGAUUAGAAUCAGAUUGUCUGUGAGCUCUUGACUUCUAUUUUCAUGUACUUAGCUGGCAGCCGUAUAUAAGUGUCUGAGGCCGUCACUGGCGGUCAUUUACAAUGGAAAGUUUCGUGUGGUUUGUGACACUUCUUGCUCUGGCGAGUGCGGAGAAAAUCGCGUUCAAGCCUUGUCCUGGAGGUAAGCAAUUGUUUGGGUGCACGUGAACUUUUCUGGGGGUUAUUCGUUUAUUUUUUUGGGAUGUGUUUUUUGUGAGGGAGUUAUUGCAGCUGUGGUUUCUGUGUUCAUUGCAGUUGUUGUUUCUGUGUGCAUUUAAGUUGUAGUUCAUGUUUGCAUUGUAGCUGUUGUUUCUGUGUGCAUUGUAGUUAUUGUUUCUGUGUGCAUUGCAGUUGUAGUUUCUUGUGUGCAUUGUAGUUGUUGUUUCUGUGUGCAUUGUAGUUGUUGUUUCUGUGUGCAUUGUAGUUGUUGUUUCUGUGUGAAUUUAAGUUGUAGUUCAUGUGUGCAUUGUAGUUGUUGUUUCUGUGUGCGUUGUAGUUGUUGUUUCUGUGUGAAUUUAAGUUGUAGUUCAUGUGUGCAUUGUAGUUGUUGUUUCUGUGUGCGUUGUAGUUGUUGUUUAUGUGUGCAUUGUAGUUGUUGUUUCUGUGUGCAUAGUAGUUGUUGUUUCUGUGUGCAUUGUAGUUGUGGUUUCUGUGUGCGUUGUAGUUGUGGUUUCUGUGCGCAUCGUAGUUGUAAGUGUAGAAUAUUUUAACGUGUUUUUUACGUCUUUAGAUUAACUGUUCUACUGACAUUCCAGCUUCAAUAGUGACAAACUAGUUCAGGUUACAUCACUUGCCCAUGUUCAUUUCACGUCUAUACAAUUUUUAUUUUUUUAAAUCAAUAUGUUGGUCCGUGUAUACCAUAGUAAAUGAGUUGAAAUCUGGGAAGGGUCUAGAUGUGAUUUAAGUGAAUAAAAGGUUGAGGAACACUGUAUAUUGUUGACUAUGCUUCUUGUUGUUGUUAUGGAUGGGGUCCAAUUGGGAUUAGGGCAACAAAACAUUCAGUUUUAGAAGCUCUGCAGUCGUCAUACACGUUACAGUAGCAGAGACAUAACUACGUACAUGUUACACAGUGGCGUAGCUAGGGUUGGUGUUACAUGUUACACAGUGGCGUAGCUAGGGUUGGUGUCACCCGGCGUGGUAAACUCAUGGUGUCACCUCCCCCCCUCCCCCGACUUCCAAGAUGGAUUCGUUAUUGAUAAAAUAAGUCCACAGUGUAACAAUGACAAGAGCAACAAAAUUAAUUAAAGGCAAGUAGGUCAAUGUAUUUACGAACUUUAUUUAAGUAUUUUUAGGAGCUAGGAGGAUCAAGACAUGACAAAAACAACAAAAUUAAUUAAAGGCAAGUAGGUCAAUGUAUUUAAGAACUUUAUUUAAGUAUUUUUAGGAGCCAGGAUGAUCAACACAUGACAAAAACAACCAAAUUAAUUAAAGGCAAGUAGGUCAAUGUAUUUAAGAACUUUAUUUAGGUAUUUUUAGGAGCUAGGAGGAUCAAGACAUGACAAAAACAACAAAAUUAAUUAAAGGCAAGUAGGUCAAUGUAUUUAAGAACUUUAUUUAAGUAUUUUUAGGAGCUAGGAGGAUCAAGACAAUGAUCGUGGGUCCCCAGAAUAUAGAAGAGGAAGACGUAACAGCGUUAAGUUAUGUUGACAUUAAAUUUACUUGAUCAAAAAUGUGCCUGCCUCUUCCUGGUCUUCAAAGUUGCAAAACUUUUAAUCACAUGAUCAAAUUCAAUAUUCUUCACCGCACCACUUUCAAUUGAUAGUAGAGCUAUAGAUCAGAAGCCCUUCUGUCCCAUGGUGGAUCGUGAAUAGGUCUUGAUAAACCUUAGUUUUGAAAAGCUAGGCUCAUAGGAAGCCACAGACAUACAGAUCGUAAGAAACAAUUGAAGGCUUCGCGAGAGUAUCGGAGAGAUUCUAGGAAAUCCCAUUCAGAUAUGAAUUUCAAAACAUCAAAUACUGACCAGUCCUUGAAUUUGUGAAAUUCAAUAUUAGCUGCCUUUUGUGUCUUCUAAGUCUUUGUAUUUAUUUUAAAAGUUCAUCCUUUGAUAGCUUAUCAUAAAAUGAGGCUAAUUUUGGAAGGGACAGCAAUAACUCUCCAUCACUUACUGAUAGUAGACUCGUGGUGUGAAGAGCCCCAAAUAAAUCUGCUACUUCAUUGAUCGCUGAUGAUCUGAUCUGGUGUUUAAAAUGAAAGCGAACAAUGCACUCCAGCAUCACCUUACUGUUUUCUUCUCCCAGAGAGAGGCCAUAAUCUAUUAAUUGUUCUCCUUUCAUUCUCUUCUUAAACCCUAAUCUUCUCUCUACCGCAAUCCAUAUGGUUCUGAUUUUUAAAGUACAUUUUCAAUAGCAUGUUCCACAAAGCGACAGUGCUUCUCGUGCAGAAACAAUCUUAAGGCCUCUUUGUUUGUCAUCACUUGGUCAAGAGUAAAGCCUUUAGUCUGCACAUACUGCUGUGUAAGAUUAACUUCCUCAAGUAGAUCAUCCCAACGGUAAGGGUACCAGAUAAACGUGGAAUCACAGACAGCGUGUAAAAGACCUUGUGUUGCAUAACAAUCGUGCUCUAAUGUUAAGAGAUGGUGCUAGUGACGAAUCAGCAAAAAUAUUUAUUUUUGAGUAUUUCUGGGUUUCGAUAUAUUUGGUUUUAAAAAUAUUAAUUUUUAAAUUUAAAUCAAUUUAAAUUAAUUAUUAAAAAGUAUGAAAAUUGUGUAAAAUAUUAUUUUGUUGACCUUAAAAAAUGGGUAAAAUUGAUUUUUUAAUUCUUUAAAUUUUUUUUAGCGAUUGAUUCAUUUACUUAGAAUUGUCUGACCUUAUCACAUUUGGUUUCAGUGGAAAGCUAUGUUUCUCAGAAUUUAGAUCAAUAUUGCUUCCCAUCAUUUAUGAAAGUUAUCGAACAAUUCAUUCGGAGUUGAAUAAUGGCCAAAAAGAUGUUAAAUUUUUUUUAGCGAUUGAUUCAUUUACUUAGAAUUGUCUGACCUUAUCACAUUUGGUUUCAGUGGAAAGCUAUGUUUCUCAGAAUUUAGAUCAAUAUUGCUUCCCAUCAUUUAUGAAAGUUAUCGAACAAUUCAUUCGGAGUUGAAUAAUGGCCAAAAAGAUGUUUCUAACGUACCAACCUUGAACUUUUGAUAAAGCACGCAAUUUGGAUCGGUUACAUGUGUGGAAAUUUUACAUGUGAUUCUUUUAUGAAAUUCCGUUAGACCGAGUGGUAAGUUCUCUGUAAAGAUGCAUUGUUUCAAUUUGGUGUCACCCCCUGUGAUGGUGUCACCUGGUACUGUCCGCCUCCCUGCUCCCCCUAGCUACGUCACCGGUUAAGCCUAUAAAUAGGUAAAAACUCAUUUUUAAACGGAGGUUUUCUGAGCUAAUUAUAGGGUCACCUCAUUUCUGACGCAUCAACUUAUAACUUUUAGAAAAGCACGCAUUGCGAUUGGUUACAUGUGUGGAGAAUGUACAUGUGAUCGGUUAUCCUUUCAUAAAAUUCGGUUUGACCGAGCGGUGUGUGCUCUGUAAAUAUGCCAUUUUUCAAUUGGGUGUCACCCCCUGAGAUGGUGACACCCGGUGCGGUCCACGACUCCCGCACCCCCCCCCCCAUCCCAGCUACGCCACUGGUGUUUACAUACGGGUUACAAAGAACAAUGUACCCAACUAUUUUCUAACUAGAUAUGAAAGCAGUAACCUGAGUCGAGCGGUGUGUGCUCUUUAAAUAUGCCAUUUUUCAAUUGGGUGUCACCCCCUGAGAUGGUGACCCCCGGUGCGGUCCACGACUCCCGCCCCCCCCCCCCCCAUCCCAGCUACGCCACUGGUGUUUACAUACGGGUUACAAAGAACAAUGUACCCAACUAUUUUCUAACUAGAUAUGAAAGCAGUAACCUGAGAUGUCAAAUGUCACAAUUAAUGUUUCUGUCCCAGACAACCUUGGACAAGCAACCUCCGUUGAACUGAGCCCUUGCCCCAGCCAGCCUUGCACAUUCAGCCAUGGCAGCACAGUCACAGUGGUCAUCGAGUUCACUGCAGGUAAGUCAAAGCUUUAGGUAAGUGGUUUAACACCUUCUGUCGUUAACAUGCUAACUUGUGGUCGCUUGUCGUUUUGGAAAAAAAAAAAAAAGGGGGGGGGGAGGUUUGCAGUUUUUUGUUUGUUUGUUUGGGUUUUGUUUUUGCGGGGGUGGGGGAUGGGGGAUGCAACCUUUAAACCAAUUCUUAGCGGAGUCUUGCCAAUUAAAGACUUUAUACAACACUGUCUUAGAAGACAUUUCAAGGGAAGUGGUUGGGGGGGGGGAGCGUCUUUCAGAGAGAGGAACCCAAAUGACGAUGUCGGUAGCUACGUUACGAGCCCCUCAGUCAAAUGGAAGAUGAUACGUCACAAAGAUAGACGGCUUCACAAAGGAAGGGCUGCAUAGAUGGAUUGGAUCAGAUACCUGGAUCUUAUAGUGACGGGGCAAAAUACUUGGCAGCGUAGAGGGGCGAGACCUAAUACUUGGCUAAUAGAGGGAUUGGAUCAAACACUUGGCUGCAUAGAAUCACGGGACAAGAAGGUUGGCACAUAGGGGGACGGGGCCAAAUAUUUGGCUGCAUAGAACACGGUAUGAAAUACUUGGCUGCAUAGAACACAGUAUCAAAUACUUUGUUGCAUAGAAGGGCGGGAUCAAACACUAGGCUGACCCCUGGACAACACAAGAUUUAUCCCGCCAUUUCUGGUUAAGAAGUCGUGUUCUUGAGUCAAAGCGUGGCAGCCUUUGUUUUGGCCCGCACAGGCUUGAAUGACUUGCCCUUAAGCGUUUGGUCGGGUCGCGGUCACAGAGAUAGAACUUACCUGAAUUUCGUUUGUUUAAUGAAAGCGUUGACAUAUAAGGACAUCUCAUACAGCUCUUAAUAGAUAAGGUAAAGAGGACAAUGAACUUUCAAGCGUAUGGCCCGCAUAGCUACACCUUUGAGUUGUUGAUUACACUGAAAUAUGGGUCAUACAAUUCAAUGGCCUUUUGCCAAAUAAUUAAUUUACAAUGUGUCCAAAGCAUUUAGAUAAACCUCAGGAAAGGGAGGGACAGUAAAUUGUUGUGUCGUGUCUGUGCUGCACGUCUGCAACCAUCUCGGCAAUCAGUAUCUCGGGCACAUCAAUUAUACUUGUUGACCUCAACUCCACGAUAAAGGGGUGACACUGAAAUAUUCAAUGGCGAUGUGCUUAAUUGAUUAAUUUAAUUAAUUAAUAUUUCAGCUAAAUUAAUUCUGUUACGUUUUCUGUCUGCUCACAGACCAUCAGUUAUUACUUCAAAGACCACCAGUUAUUACUUCAAAGACCACUAGCUAAUACUUCAAAGACCACUAGUUAUUACUUCAAAGACCACUAGUUAUUACUUCAAAGAUCACCAGUUAUUACUUAAACGACCACCAGUUAUUAAUUAAACGACCAUCAGUUAUUACUCCAAAGACCACUAGUUAUUACUCCAAAGACCACUAGUUAUUACUCCAAAGACCACCAGUUAUUAAUUAAACGACCAUCAGUUAUUAAUUAAACGACCAUCAGUUUUUACUCCAAAGACCACUAGUUAUUACUCCAAAGACCACCAGUUAUUAAUUAAACGACCAUCAGUUAUUAAUUAAACGACCAUCAGUUAUUACUCCAAAGACCACUAGUUAUUACUCCAAAGACCACCAGUUAUUAAUUAAACGACCAUCAGUUAUUAAUUAAACGACCAUCAGUUAUUACUCCAAAGACCACUAGUUAUUACUCCAAAGACCACCAGUUAUUAAUUAAACGACCAUCAGUUAUUAAUUAAACGACCAUCAGUUAUUACUCCAAAGACCACUAGUUAUUACUCCAAAGAUCACUAGUUAUUACUCCAAAGACCACUAGUUAUUACUCCAAAGACCACUAGUUAUUACUCCAAAGACCACUAGUUAUUACUCCAAAGACCACCAGUUAUUAAUUAAAUGACCAUCAGUUAUUAAUUAAACGACCAUCAGUUAUUACUUAAACGACCAUCAGUUAUUACUGACCACUAGUAAUUACUUCAAAGACCACUAGUUAUUACUUCAAAGACCACUAACUAUUACUUCAAAGGCCACCAGUUAUUACUUAAAAGACUUAUUCUGCUCUUAGAAUACAAAAGAUUCGCUCACAGACACAAGUUAUUAGAUCCAUCAAGUGACAUCACUCAGAAAUUCCACCCAUCCUCUUGUAAUGAUUGGUGCGUGAGGUCUCUUUUCACAUUCAUUUGUGCGUCGUGGCCCGGAUGUUGCAAAGGACUAAAUAAUUAUUAAUUAUAGGAAUUAAAUCAAAGAUCACGUAAUAUUUCAUUAAAUUCAAAGUUUAUUCUUUAGAGUAGCCAAAAUUGUUAUCAUUAUUGUUGUAAUGCGAUGUCGUCUGUCAUAAGUGGUGAGAUGUCGGUAAAUAUGAAGGAUGUUGUUAAAUUUAUUUUGAUACACGUGUUUCUGAGAGGGUGUAGGGUGGAAGAAAUGCAAGGCGAGCCAUGGAAAAAUUAUGAAUCCGGAGAUCCUGGUGAUCCAAGGAAAGUGUUUGGAAUGAGAAAAAGGUUUAAUGAGAUAGCGCAUUUCGGUCGGGAAUUCAUUGAGACACAACUUACCCAAGCUAGAAGAUGGAUGUUGUUAAGUUGCCAACUUGACGCCCCGUGGUAGUAAAUAACGUUGAAGGCGCCGCCUCUGAGAGUUUAUCCAUUACUCUUAGAUAUUAAGUCAACAAAGAUCAGUGAAUUGUUGACCAAAUGUGUGUAUAAACUUGAGGACCUUGUGAAUCCGAACGCUGCUUCGGAACCCGAAUGCCUAGCACGUUGACCAUGUAUGUGUGUGCGUACGUUCCCCCUACGCUCGGGCCAUACGUACACUUUGUCGUACACUUUGUCGUACACUUUGUCGUACACUUUGUCGUACACUUUGUCGUACACUUUGUCGUACACUUUGUCGUACACUUUGUCGUACACUUUGUCGUACAAUUUGUCGUUCACUUUGUCGUACACUUUGUUGUCAGAUGUGAAAGUAUUUAGUGUGAUGUUAUCUCUGGAUACUUUACCCUGUUAUGUCGUUUUGUGUGUAGUAUUGAAUCAUAUAAUAACAACUGCCUGCAUUUGCCAAGGGUUCUAAAAUUGACAGUGAGUACAACAAGAAAGAUGUUAACUUUGCAAUAGUGUAGUUGCCAAAGAUCUUAUUGCCGAGCAUGACCUUGGUACACGCGUCCCUGAUCUCGCUACUAUCUGCGGGAUGACGUCAUCGACUGUAAGAUUUUGAAAAAAUAAAGAGGCUGUCAGAAACCUGAUGUGGCAAAAUAGGUUUCAACAAUGACCUGGGGUUGCGACUUUGACCUCUAGAAGGCCGAAAAGUAUGGAAGAGAAGGGGUUAAAAAACAACUUUUCUUAGUUUGGAUUCACGAAAGCCAAGCCCCCCCCCCCCCCCCCCNAUAGUGAAAGGCAUGUUUUAUAUAGGGUAGUCGAUUAAAAGUGGCACAGUUUUGUGUAUGUGCAAAUAAUGGUGUUGCUUGUGUGGGUUUGGGUGGGUGUAUGGCUGGGGGGGGGGAAGGGGUCUGAAGAAAGACUUUUUAUUUGGAGGGUAGCCCAAAUAUCCUAAUCUACCAGGUCUAGAUCCCCAAGUCCACAAACACUAAAUGACACCCCCUCUUAAGUUUCGCCCCACUAGAGCCGAUCUUAAGAUUUUGGGGGCUCUAGGCAUAGAGCGUAGGUAGGGGGGCCCCGGAAGGGGUGGAGCUCCCCUGGUGCUGAGGAAAAAAACACCCCCCACCCACCCCUGCGGCACCUCCAUUCUGCCUUCACCAAUGUUUCCUCUUUGCUCGUGUGUAACCACUAACCACAUUUAUAAUUCCGGUUCUAGAGAAAAUGUGUACUUUGGAAAUAAUGGGCUUGCAAGUUGUAGGCUAAAAAUAACAAAAAAAGCGCCCGUCGGAGACCCUUGGCAGUGGGGUCCUAGGCGGUCGCCUAGUUUUCCUAUGCCUAAGAACGGCUCUGACCCGACUCAUUGCGCGUUGGUGAGUCUGUAAGUUUGAAGAUCUUGCUUCACAAUAUUUUGUACUGUUCUUUGUGGUAUGCUAGUUUCUCCUGCAAUUUCCGGUUGACGAUUGUGAUUUUGUAAGAAUCAUCUUCUGGCUGCACAUCAGCUCACUGACACGGUCAAUGUUCAUCACCGUCAUGAUAGACUUCCGGUGGUCAUUAGCCUAGCUUCCAAACACAGUAGUCAUUAGCCUAGCUUCCAAACACAGUAGUCAUUAGACUAGCUUCCAAACACGGUAGUCAUUAGCCUAGCUUCCAAACACAGUAGUCAUUAGCUUAGCUUCCAAACACAGUAGUCAUUAGCCUAGCUUCCAAACACAGUAGUCAUUAGCCUAGCUUCCAAACACAGUAGUCAUUAGCCUAGCUUCCAAACACAGUAGUCAUUAGCCUAGCUUCCAAACACGGUAGUCAUUAGCCUAGCUUCCAAACACAGUAGUCAUUUGCCUAGCUUCCAAACACAGUAGCCAUUAGCCUUGCUUCCAAACACGGUAGUCAUUUGCCUAGCUUCCAAACACAGUAGUCAUUUGCUUAGCUUCCAAACACAGUAGUCAUUUGCCUAGCUUCCAAACACAGUAGUCAUUAGCCUAGCUUCCAAACACAGUAGUCAUUUGCCUAGCUUCCAAACACAAUAGUCAUUUGCCAAGCUUCCAAACACAGUAGUCAUUUGCCUAGCUUCCAAACACAGUAGUCAUUUGCCUAGCUUCCAAACACAGUAGUCAUUUGCCUAGCUUCCAAACACAAUAGUCAUUUGCCAAGCUUCCAAACACAGUAGUCAUUUGCCUAGCUUCCAAACACAGUAGUCAUUUGCCUAGAUUCCAAACACUGUAGUCAUUUGCCUAGCUUUAAUCAUUUGCCUAGCUUCCCAUUGUCAGUAGUCAUUUGCCUAGCUUCCAAACACAGUAGUCAUUUUCCUAGCUUCCCAUUGACAGUAGUAAUUUGCCUAGCUUCCCAUUGACAGUAGUCAUUUGCCUAGCUUCCAAAUACAGUAGUCAUUUUCCUACCUCCCCAUUGACAGUAGUCAUUUGCCUAGCUCCCCAUUGACAGUGCCCAUUUUCCUAGCUCCCCAUUUACAGUGCCCAUUUGCCUAACUUCUUAAUGACAGUGCCCAUUUGCCUGGCUCCCCAUUGACAGUAGUCAUUUGCCUUGCUCCCCAUUGACAGCAGUCAUUUUCCUAGCUGCCCAUUGACAGUAGUCAUUUUCCUAGCUGCCCAUUGACAGAAGUCAUUUGCCUAGCUCCCCAUUGAAAGUAGUCAUUUGCCUAGCUCCCCAUUGACAGUGUCCAUUUGCCUAGCUCCCCAUUGACAGUGUCCAUUUGCCUAGCUGUCCAUUGACAGAAGUCAUUUGCCUAGCUCCCCAUUGAAAGUACCCAUUUUCCUAGCUCGCCAUUGACAGUACCCAUUUGCCUAGCUCCCCAUUGACAGUGUCCAUUUGCCUAGCUCACCAUAGUCAAUUCCCACUUGCCUAGCUCCCCAUUGACAGUACCCAUUUACCCAAUUUUUGUGGUUAAAAAAUUCAGCAAACAUUUUAUAUAAAUAUAAAGAUUGCGACAUAAAUUGAACAACGAGUAGAUGUCAGACGUUGAGUCAUUAGUAAGUAGUGUUAUAACUUGUGUGUUGAGUUAGAAAGUAAAGUUUAUGUUACAGUUUAAAACCGCCCCAAAACUAAAUUUGAUCGAACAUAUUUCACAAGACUUCAUGAGACGGCCACAUACAUUAUAUGCUAAGCGGUGCUCAAAUUGAAGAGAUUAACACAUGACGCAGGUGUUCUCAUUUCCCGGGUUUUUGCUUAUCCCAGGGAUCGGGACAAAAGUCAACCCAGCCUCGUUGGAAAUCCUAGGGAUAAAAUUAAUUAAACUAAAAAUAUAUAUUGUAAAUUAAAUUAAACUUUACAAUUUUUCUUAUGUAACUGCUUCAUUGAUUUUGUCUAUUGAUGAAUCAAAAAGGAUGCUGAGGUUCCCUAAUUAAAACGAAGUUACAACUUCAAUCAUGGCAUUAAACAUGAUUUCCUUAAGUGACAUUAUAUUUGACAUAAAAAUCAAAUUCUGACAUGUGUUCAUUACCAAAUUUUACUUUGAAAAUCAUUCUAUUUCAAAUAUAUCGUGGUGUCACUUUGCUUCUAUAGGAAUUUGUUCUGGACUUUAAAAAAAAAAAAAAAGCUUGAGGACCUGUGUUCUUGAGCUAGUGAGCUUAACAAUUCAGCGCAGUUAACUAGAUUGUACAGGACCUGACUUAUAGUAUAUAGCAAAAAAUAGUGACGAUUUGUGACUUGUAUUUUUAAAGUUUGUAUCUGGAAUUCCUUGUUAUUAUCCCGGGAUGGGAGGAUUUCCCGGGAAGUCUGUUUUUACUGUAAAAAUCUAGAGGGAUCCCGGAAUCCCUCUGGAGAAACCCUAGUUUAAAGCUAAAGUGCGAGCUAUCAAUAGGUAGAAUGUAACACUUGUCCAGGCCGAGCAUCUACAUGUUGAAUCAACCACCUACAUGUAACUAGUGACAGGACGCGUACACUAUCGACCCAUGCUACUAAUUACUACAGUGUCGAUUUGGCUUACUUUACUUUGGAAAUUAAUUUUUAGUCCUAGAAAAACUAAGUAAAUUAUUUACCUAUUUAGCCAGUAUCUUACAUUACAUUGAAUCAUUCCGGCGGUGCUCCUUUGAAGCCAGUGGCAAAACCUCUGUGACGCCACUAUAAACAAUCAACUAAGUCCAGAAGAAAAAAUUGGCCAAGUUCUCAAAUUGUUCUACGAUUUAACUACCUUCAACAACAGCCAAAAACCAUGCACAUACCAAGGGCGGAGUGUGUGCAUAUUUCUCACCAUGGCCUCGAGCCUAGAGCACAUGAUGAUGACGACCUAAUUGUAGAGGGUAGUCAGUGAACAGCAACAUUAUGCUAUGAACUCCAAAAUGUAGUCAGUGAACUACAACACUAUGCUAUGAACUCCAUAUGUAGUCAGUGAACUGCAACACUAUGCUAUGAACUACAAAAUGUAGUCAGUGAACUACAACACUAUGCUAUGAACUACAAAAUGUAGUCAGUGAACUGCAACACUAUGCUAUGAACUCCAAAAUGUAGUCAGUGAACUGCAACAUUAUGCUAUGAACUCCAAAAUGUAGUCGGUGAACUGCAACAUUAUGCUAUGAACUCCAAAAUGUAGUCAGUGAACUGCAACAUUAUGCUAUGAACUCCAAAAUGUAGUCAGUGAACUGCAACACUAUGCUAUGAACUCCAAAAUGUAGUCAGUGAACUGCAACAUUAUGCUAUGAACUCCAAAAUGUAGUCAGCGAACUGCAACAUUAUGCUAUGAACUCCAAAAUGUAGUCAGUGAACUACAACACUAUGUUUAUGAACUCCAAAACGUAGUCAGUGAACUACAACAGUAUGCUAUGAACUCCAAAUGUAGUCAGUGAACUACAACAGUAUGCUAUAAACUCCAAAUGUAGUCAGUGAACUACACCAGUAUGCAAUGAACUCCAAAUGUAGUCAGUGAACUACAACAGUAUGCUAUGAACUCCAAAUGUAGUCAGUGAACUACACCAGUAUGCAAUGAACUCCAAAUGUAGUCAGUGAACUACAACAGUAUGCUAUGAACUCCAAGGUCUUUUUACAUUAUUUUACAACAAGCUGGCCCUUUCAGUCUUACUCUAUGGUUGUCUAUUUCAUGAUGAUAGACACACAUUCAUUUGGGUGGGGCUUAUCAGAGGAACAGGGGAAGGUUAACUUGGGGAGCUAGUCAGAGAGACAUACACAGACUAACUUGGGGUGCUAGUCAGAGAGACAUACACAGACUUACUUGGGGUGCUAGUCAGAGAGACAUCCACAGACUAACUUGGGGUGCUAGUCAGAGAAAAAUACACAGACUAACUUAGGGUGCUAGUCAGAGAGACAUACACAGACUAACUUAGGGUGCUAGUCAGAGAGACAUACACAGACUAACCUUGGGUGCUAGUCAGAGAGACAUACACAGACUAACUUGGGGUGCUAGUCAGAGAGACAUACACAGACUAACUUGGGGUGCUAGUCAGAGAGACAUACACAGACUAACUUGGGGUGCUAGUCAGAGAGACAUACACAGACUAACUUGGGGUGCUAGUCAGAGAGACAUACACAGACUAACUUGGGGUGCUAGUCAGAGAGACAUACACAGACUAACUUGGGGUGCUAGUCAGAGAGACAUACACAGACUAACUUGGGGUGCUAGUCAGAGACACAUACACAGACUAAAUUGGGGUGCUAGUCAGAGAGACAUACACAGACUAACUUGGGGUGCUAGUCAGAGACACAUACACAGACUAACUUGGGGUGCUAGUCAGAGUGACAUACACAGACUAACUUGGGGUGCUAUUCAGAGAGACAUACACAGACUAACUUGGGGUGCUAGUCAGAGAGACAUACACAGACUAACUUGGGGUGCUAGUCAGAGACACAUACACAGACUAACUUGGGGUGCUAGUCAGAGAGACAUACACAGACUAACUUGGGGUGCUAGUCAGAGAGACAUACACAGACUAACUUGGGGUGCUAGUCAGAGAGACAUACACAGACUAACUUGGGGUGCUAGUCAGAGACACAUACACAGACUAACUUGGGGUGCUAGUCAGAAAGACAUACACAGACUAACUUGGGGUGCUAGUCAGAGAGACAUACACAGACUAACUUGGGGUGCUAGUCAGAGAGACAUACACAGACUAACUUGGGGUGCUAGUCAGAGAGACAUACAGAGACUAACUCAGGGUGCUAGUCAAAAAGACAUACACAGACUAACUUGACUCCACCAGCCUUGACUCCAAUCAUAUCUUUCAGUUAACAACUCCACUAGCCUUGACUUCAAUUUUACCUUUCAGUAUAAUGCCUCCACCAGUCUAACUCCAAUUCUAUCUUUCAGUUAACGACUCCACCAGCAUGGACUCCAAUUCUACCUUUAAAGACUCUACCAGUCUAACUCCAAUUUUAUCUUUCAGUUAUCGGCUCAACCACCCUUGACUACAAUUUUAUAUUUCAGUUAUCGGCUCCACCAGCCUUGACUCCAAUUCUUUCUUUCAGUUAACAACUCCAAUAGCCUUGACUCCAAUUCUAUCUUUCAGUUAACGACUCCAGCAUUCUUGACUCCAAUUCUAUCUUUCAGUUAACGACUCCACCAGUCUUGACUCCAAUUAUAUCUGUCAGUUAAUGACUCCACCAGCCUUGACUCCAAUUCUACCUUUCAGUUAACGACUCCACCGUCCUGGACUCUAGAGUGUAUGGCAUCGUAGAAACUGUCCCCGUGGAGUUCCCGCUGCCCAAUGGAGAUGGAUGCAAGGACAGCGGCAUUGCCUGCCCUCUGGUCAAGGGUCAAAGCUACAAGUAUACGUCAUCUUUUCCAGUUCUGAACACCUAUCCUGUGGUAAGCUCUAUACAUCAUUGGUUAGUUCUAUGUAUUGUAUUAUAAGGUUAGUUCUAUGUAUUGUAUUAUAAGGUUAGUUUUAUGUAUUGUAUUAUAAGGUUAGUUCUAUGUUUGUAUUAUAAGGUUAGUUCUAUGUAUUGUAUUAUAAUACAAUACAUAGAACUAACCUUAUAAUACAAUACAUAGAACUAACCUUAUAAGAUUAGUGCUACUUAUCCCAUUCAACAACGUAACCAGGGUUGGGCGAGAGAAAUUUUUCCGACCUUCUUCCGCGAAAACUCUCAACAUUUUACCGAACAUGCGGCUCCUCUAUAUAAAGAAAAAAUACCCGCUGGGGAGGAGCGCCACCUUUGCACCCCCUUCCCUACGCCACUGAUCCCAAGCUUAAUUCUAUAUUUUAAAAAAAACAAAAAAACUAGGUUUAUUUCUGCAUAUCCCAGGGUUAAUUCUAUAAAGGUUUAAUAUAAAUGUGAUGGACAGAAAAUAAAACAUUAACUCUAGGGUAAUUAAAAGAUUUUUUCUAGAGUAAAACUAGGUCAGUUGGAGAGUGACCAAGUAGAUGAUGUAGUAUCUAUAUUAUGUAAGGUAAAUUCUAGGAUUAAUUUAAAUAUAAUUUAUUUUAGAAAUAGGGUUAGCUCUAGUGUAAAGCUAUGUUUAUUUGGAGAGUGACCAAGUUUGUAGUAUCUAUAUUAAGUAAGGUCAAUUCCUUUUUUACAUUUAAAGAUAAUCUAGUUAUAGGGUUAGGUCUAGGGUAAAACUAAAGAUAAUGUUCAAGGGUAAAUAUAAAGAUAAUUUUCCAGGGUAAAACUAAAGAUGAUGUUCUGGGGUAGAACUAAAGUUGGUUUUCUAGGGUAUAACUAAAGAUGAUAAUCAAGGGUAAAACUAACGAUGAUGUUCUAUGAUAAACUAAAGAUGAUUUUCUAGGGUAAACUGAAGAUGAUCUUCUGAUGGUAAAUUUGAAAGUCAAAACAACCAAAAAAGGUUCAACAUAGAUGAGCAAUAGGAUAUGUGGGGAACUAUCAGCAACAGGAUGAGCAAUAGGAUAUGUGGGGAUCUAACAUCAACAGGAUGAGCAAUGGGAUAUGUGGGGAACUAACACUAACAGGAUGAGCAAUAGGAUAUGUGGGGAACUAACAUCAACAGGAUGAGCAAUAGAAAAAUCUUUUUGAAUGUGGGGCCAUUUUUACUAACUGCAGGCAGUAUGGAUUUAUUUCAUGAUAGCUGUAGGCAGUGUCGAUUAGUGUCAUUAUAGUCGCAGGCAGCGUGAAUUUAUGUCAUUAUAUAUAGCCGCAGGCAGCGUGAAUUUAUGCCAUUAUAUAUAGCUGCAGGCAGUGUGAAUUUAUGUCAUUAUAUAUAGCCGCAGGCAGUGUGAAUUUAUGUCAUUAAAUAUAGCUGCAGGCAGUGUGAAUUUAUGUCAUUAUAUAUAGAUGCAGGCAGUGUGAAUUUAUGUCAUUAUAUAUAGCUGCAGGCAGUGUGAAUUUAUGUCAUUAUAUAUAGAUGCAGGCAGUGUGAAUUUAUGUCAUUAUAUAUAGCUGCAGGCAGUGUGUAUUUGUGUCAUAGCUGUAGUCAGUGUAGAUUCAUGUAAUUAUAGAUUAGUUGUUGGUUUUUUUUGUGUUUUUUUUCAAAAAAAAAUUAAAAGCCCCAGCUAUUCUUGAGCCGGUUGCAGAACACAAAGGAGAUAACAUUAGUAGGCCUUAAAUGUGUACAUCAGAGGGAAUAGUCACAGAAAGACAGGCACACACAUUAUGCCUUAAGUUUUAAAGUCAAAGACAUUAACAUUAAAACUGAUGUUGAAGGAUAUUUAAAAGUAGAACAAGAAAAAAAACUCAGGUGGCAUCCUACACCAGGGGGUGGGGGGGGGGUCUUCAACCUAUAUCACGCGUGUCAGACUGCACGCAGAGCGUUUGACAAUGACACGCUGAAUUAGUGCCGUGCGAAGGGGGCACUCGCCCCGGGUGUCGCCAUUAGGUUAGGGGGGGGCGAAAUUGUCUUAAGAUAUGACCUUCAUAAUGAAUUUAACCAUAAUAUCCCAUCCCACGAGCGCAAAAACCUGUUGUUCUUUAUUUUUACUUUACCGGCCUGGGUGACACUUUUUUCAAUAUACUGAUGGGCGCCUUUCUUAGGCUCAACCCCUGGCACCGCCCUUCCUCGGCACGGCCCUGCGUGGAAGACCAAAAAAUAAUAAUGCAUGACUAAAUAGUGUUUUUCAUUGGGUAGACCUAUAGAUCAGGCCUGCACAGCAUACGGCCCGCGGGACUCAUGCGGCCCGCCAGCCCCCACUUUACGUCCCGCGUAGUAAAGAAAUAUUCUUUUUUUAUUAUUAUUUUCUUAAUAGCUUUCCCCCCAUGCCCGCACAAGUUUUUCAUAAAGUAUGACGGCCCGCCUUACAUUUUGAGUUCUGCACGCCUGCAAUACAUUAUUGGGACCCUGAAUUCCUAGGAAAUCGUACUUGGGCACAAAACUACAAUAGGUUGUUGGCCCCUGAUCGGCGCAAUGCAUACAUAUUUAAAUAUCCUACAAAUGUCAUAAAUUAAAGUGUUGGACUCGGUAGUAUUCAAUGUUCAGCUACUGAAAGUAGAGAUAUUUGGUUUGUUUGUACAGCUUACCGUGACUUGUUUGUUUGUACAGCUUACCGUAACUUGUUUGUUUGUACAGCUUACCGUGACUUGUUUUGUUUGUACAGCUUACCGUGACUUGUUUUGUUUGUACAGCUUACCGUGACUUGUUUGUUUGUACUGCUCACCAUGACCUAACUGUUUCCCUCAGAUCUCCCUUGUGGUGAUGUGGAAGCUGCAAGCAAUUUCUGGUAAUCUCGUCUGCUUCACAUUCCCACUGUCAAUCACCCGCUCGAGCGACACCAGUGUGGUCGGAUGAAAAGGAAACACUCUGUAUCUAGAAACGUCGCAUCUUUGUUCUUAUUCCACAGAAUUGUGUCAAUAAACUGAAGUGUUUUUAUUUUUAUGCU